AUGACAACCGACGAUCCCCUCAACCUACUGAGAUACAAAACGGAAGUGAAACCCACCAAGCGGUGGAUGCCUCUAGUCCGCGCCUCAGACGAAAAGAACGAUUUCUACGUGCAACAGAAUGAAUUGAUCGAUGGAUUUCUGCAGAGUAGCCAGGAGGAGCGGAUGGAGGCAGAAGAUCAUGCCGAGAACGGAGGGAAAGUCAAAUUAGCCGUGCGGGCUAGUUUUGUGGUCAACUUCUGCUUGUUUGUCAUUCAACUGUAUGCCGCCAUAUCCACCGGCUCCUUGUCGCUUUUUGCGACCGCCGCGGACGCGUUCAUGGACCUCGUCUCCUCCAUCAUCAUGUUAAUCACCUCGCGCAUGUCCACGAAGCCCAAGCCUUAUCAGUAUCCGGUUGGACGCAGACGAGCAGAAACGAUGGGAGUCAUUAUGUUCUGUGCCUUGAUGACAACCGUGGCGAUUCAGCUCAUCAUUGAAUCCGCCAAAUCGCUAGCAGCCGGUGAGGUGGAUUCAGAAAGCCUCGAUAUGAUCCCUCUCAUAUGUGUUGGCGUGGCUAUCUUUUCCAAAUUCUGUCUGUUUGUGUACUGUUUCAGUUUACGGCGCUAUCCUGCAGCGCACGUCUUUUACAUCGAUCACCGCAAUGAUCUAGCAGUGAACGGGUUCGGUCUAAUCAUGGCUGUCGUCGGUGAACGGUUUGUGUGGUACCUUGACCCGGUCGGUGCGACAUGCAUCGCACUUCUCAUUCUGUAUUCAUGGGUCUCUGAAGCCUUCGAGAAUAUGUGGCUAUUAAUUGGCAAAGGUGCCCCUCGAGGAUUUAUCAACAAAUGCGUCUACGUGACAAUGACUCACGAUGCCAGGAUUCAGAAGGUUGAUACGUGUCGAGCAUAUCAUGUGGGUCAACAAUACUACGUCGAGGUGGAUAUCGUAAUGGACAAAGAAACCAGACUCCAGGAAUCGCACGACGUGAGCCAAGAACUCCAGCGGAAACUGGAGGGUCUUACUGGCGUUGAACGCGCUUUUGUUCACGUUGACUAUGAAUAUUUGCACGAUAUCCAUGAGGAGCACAGACCUAUUUACGACACCUCCGGACCCAGUCCUUCCAUCAGAUCUAUAGUGAAAAAGUUCUUCACCUUGAAUAACAAGGCUCUCGAUGGGGACCAAAGGGUCUAAGUGGCGCCAAGGUUGGUUCCCACUACUAGCAGAUAGCUUGACUAUCAGGAACCGAGAGCUUGGUUAUUGAAGAGGCAUAUUUCCUGUUCUUGGACUAAUGCCAAGUCAUACUUAGGUGGGUUAACAGUCGCGCCACACAAAGGCUGAUAUCUUAAUCAGCCUGGCUAAAGCUAGAUAAUAAAGAGGACUUCUUUCUGUCCCGGACAUGUGGUAUAAUUAGACCUUCGCUAAAACUGUUGUGGAAGAUAGCUCCUGUACGUCAUGCCUGCCGCUGAGCUUGAGC